UUCUUCCUUCAUCCUAGCUAAUAUAUAAGAAAAACAAACAAUAAUAAAAUUUUCUCAUUAACAAGCUAGCUAGCUAGCUAGGAACAGCAAAACACUACCAUUCUUAAUUGUUUCAGAUUUCUCCGAAACUAACAUUAACAUAAGGGCGACUGCUUAAAUUAACAAGUUCAGAUAUAUGCGCUUAUAAUAGUCAUAUAUAGCAAUCACUGCUACAUACACCAAGUGGUCGUUAAUUAUUAGGAUUAAAUAACAAAGGGAAACAAGUAAGCAGCUGCAGCUAGCUAUAUGGCAAAGCAAACUGGGCAACAAGUACUUAUAGAUGAUGAUGAUGAGGAAGACUUCUUCUUGAUGCUUGAUUGUGUUCAAAAAAUAGUUGAAGAUGAUGCUACACAGGUACGCAUACGUCUUGAACAACCACCAACAUUUCAAUUUCAAAAUACUGCUCCAAGAAGAAUACGGUUGCAACGUAAACUUUAUAUAAAUGACAUUGGGAAUGAUACUGGUAGUGACUACGAGGAAAGGUUGGAAUUUGGGCGGGAUACAAGUAGACUAGAUUACUUUCCCGUAACUCCUUUUGAUGUUGUUUAUGGAGAUGAUGAUAUCGGUGACAUUGCUAUCUAUGGCAGCGGUGGUGAUAGUAGCAUGACUCAACAAGGGUCACUCGGUAUCUCUUUAAGUAAUGAUAACUGUAGUAGUAUAAGGGGUGAUACAGCGCGUGCGGAUGGUUCUAACAUGAGUAGACAAGUACCUGUCAAGGUUUUUGCUGAUAAUGGUAGUGGUGACAUUGCUAUCUAUGGCGGCGGAGGUUGUAAUAACAUGACUCAACAAAGGUCACACAGUAUCGCUCUGAGUAACAGUGACAGUAGUAAAAGGGUUGAUGCAGGGGAAGCCGGUGGUUCUAACAUAAGUAGACAAGUGCCCGUUGAGGUUUUUGCUGAUAAUAGUGGUGGUGACCAAGUGCCAGUCCCAGGAUUGGACCAGGAAAGCAUAAUUGGUAGUUCUGAAAAGUUUAUUGGUGGCGUGGAAGGAGCGGGUUUCUGGGUACGUCAAUGGUGGGAGAAGUGCUGGCUUUUCUUAGCAUUAUGGAAAACAAUUUAAGAUGAUGAUAUUGGAGAUAUGGAACCUUAUUGUCCCAUUCGAAUUCUUUUAUGUUUUUUCUUCUUUCUAAAAUGUCAUAUAUUUGUAUUUAAAUGUUGUUCUAAUUAAUCCAUGGUAUAAAAAACCUUCGUACUGUACUACGUAAGUAUUAA